AUGGAUAAGCGAUUCGAGAAGUGUAAAGCCUGGGUUGAGGAUGUUAUUUUGCAAACGAAAUCAUACGAGUCGGUUCAGCGAGCAAGUGGGAACACGAAGGUGCUGCUGUACGGAGCCUUUCUGCUGGCUUUCACCUCAUGGCUUCUUAUUCGGGCAGUCCAUUACCUUAUAAAACCAGGCUGCAGCAGCCGUCCAUCAACACCAGAUCUCGAGAAGCCAUCCCCGGCCAGGAAAUUCAAGGCGCCCGACCGUAAAUUAGGAGAAUGGCCGCCGCAAGCAUUCAAACGGCCAACUGCAGCGCCGUACCCAGGCUGGAAUACUGACGUGAAGCCAGAACUCGACAACCAUUACCUGAAAUACCACGCCGACAAGGCGCGCCGCAUCCUGGAGCGCGGUCCGAAAGCAAGCCACACCGAUCCUUCUGCUUUUGACGGCGCGUGCGAGCUCCUCGAGGAGCUGACUGCCUACCUGCCCGAACGCUACCCGACCCUCUACCGCGCCACGCCCGUGGGCAUGGACAAUCUCGUCACGGGCGAGUCGUUCAACGUCGUUGAGCGGCCCUUGAUCGAGGACCCGAUGCAGAUGGCGGCGCGCAUGACGCAGGACGACCUCGCCAUCAUGUUUGAGAGGGCGGAUGGCCAGUACUACCUCUUGGCGGGGAGUAUUCUGCUCGCUGGCUUCUGGAAGCUGGAGGAUAAGCUCGGCAUGCCGCUGAGUGAGAUCCACUAUCAUGGCGAUGUCCCCGGGUACAGGGAGAAGCUAGAGAAGGGAAUGAUGAAUUUCUUUCGAAGGGUGCAGCCCGAUGGGCCGGUGCAGCGGGUAACGUCUCCUUUUCCCCUCCUUUCUCUCCCUCCGUCUCUCUCUCUCUCUCUCUCCUCGCUUAGCGAUCUGGGAAUCUCCCAACCGAGUGUAUCUCUCCCUCUUUCCAAUCCGAAACAACUACUUCAUCCAAGUCGACUCCUCCCUUCCCUGGUCGACGUCCAUCGGGCCGGAGGACGGGCCCGCGGGCACCGUCGGCUGGUUCUCGGCCGAGAAGAACCGGGCGAUCGGGCACCACUACUUCCGCUCGGAGCGGCAGACGCUGCGGCGGCUCCCGCGCAGCGGCGGCGUCGUCUUCACCAUCCGCACCUACUUCCACCCCGUCACGGAGAUCUGCGACGAGCCGUACGUGCCCGGCCGCCUGGCGAGCGCCGUGCGGAGCUGGGGCGACGACGUCGCGCGCUACAAGGGGAGAGAGACAUAUGGGGAUGUGCUGCUGGAGUAUCUGGAUCGCAGGCAUGCGGAGCAGGUGGCGGGGGGCCUGGAGGUCGAGAAGGAGGAGGAGGUGGUGAGGUUUCCGUUCUAGGGCUCUACGGAGAAGGGGGGUUAAGCGAGGUCGAGAUGGGAUGA